AUUCAGAUUAGUGAAGCCGAGCUGAAUUUGUCUCCUCGCAGCCUCUCGCUCUGUUGUUUCCACAUCGCUCUGCUGAGCUCUGUCAUGCCUGAAACAAUCUUUGGAGAUCAGAUGAAGGCGUGAAUGACCAGCAGUGUGAUCGAGUGGUCAACAUGCUAACUUUUGUUUGUGAGAGGCCAUGAAGACACCAACAUGAAUGUCUGAAGUGGACUGCCACGAGACAUGCAGCACAACCACAAAAGCGCCUCGCGCAACGGCUACGCCAACGCAGUAGAUGGCGAAGAUGGCGAGGGCGAGGAGGCUGGAGAGGGGGACGGAGGAGGAGGAGGAGAGGGGGGAGAGGAAAGAGAUGGGGACUGGGAUGAGGAGAUGGACGGCGAUGGCGAUGCAGUGAGGAUGACGAGGACUGACACCCUCCACUCCACCACCAGCUCCACGGCAACCCAACGCAAGCGAGGACAACACGCCAAGAAACAGGUCCAGGGCAGUAAUCAGGUCCAGCGAGCUCCACGGGCAUUGUUCUGCUUAAAGCUCAACAACCCAAUCAGACGUGCUGCCCUCUCCAUCGUUGAGUGGAAACCCUUUGACAUCUUCAUCCUGUUAGCCAUCUUUGCUAACUGUGUUGCUCUGGGCGUGUCCAAACCGUUUCCCGAGGAUGACUCCAACUCCACCAACCACGACUUGGAACAAGUGGAGUAUGUCUUCCUCAUCAUCUUCACGGUGGAAACCUUCUUGAAGAUUCUAGCAUAUGGUCUGGUCAUGCAUCCAAGUUCUUACAUCCGCAAUGGCUGGAACCUUUUGGACUUUGUCAUCGUCAUCGUGGGGCUAUUCAGCGUGGUCCUGGAGACCAUGACCCACAAGUCCGGUGAGCAAGCGAGCACUCAUCACAUGCCGGGCAAACCUGGAGGUCUGGACGUCAAAGCUCUGCGGGCCUUCCGGGUGCUGCGUCCCCUCAGGCUGGUGUCCGGUGUUCCCAGUCUGCAGAUCGUGUUGAACUCCAUCAUGAAGGCGAUGGUUCCGCUGCUCCACAUCGCUUUGCUGGUCCUUUUUGUAAUCAUCAUCUACGCCAUCAUCGGCCUGGAGCUCUUCAUUGGACGCAUGCAUAGAACCUGUUACUACAUCGGAUCUGACAACUUUGUGGAGGACGACCCGGUGCCGUGCGCCUUCGCAGGUCAUGGGCGGCAGUGCGCAGUGAAUGGCACAGAGUGUCGCGGACGCUGGGAUGGACCAAACGGAGGCAUCACCAAUUUUGACAACUUCUUCUUUGCCAUGUUAACAGUGUUUCAGUGCAUCACCAUGGAGGGCUGGACUGACGUCCUUUACUGGAUGAAUGACGCCAUCGGCUUUGAGCUGCCGUGGGUGUACUUCGUCAGUCUGGUCAUCUUUGGUUCCUUCUUCGUUCUCAAUUUGGUUCUUGGUGUCCUCAGCGGAGAGUUCAGCAAGGAGAGGGAGAAGGCGAAGGCUCGCGGAGACUUCCAGAAACUUCGUGAGAAGCAACAGAUGGAGGAGGACCUGUGCGGAUACAUGGACUGGAUCACACAGGCCGAGGACAUGGACGAGCUGGACGAGGAUGGAAACCCACGUCUGUCUCUGGGUGAUCUGUCAGACAAGAAAAGAGGAAAGUUUGGAUGGUUCAGUCACUCCAAUGAAACACAUGCAAGUCUUCCCGCCAGCGAAACGGCGUCUGAGAACACGGAGAACAUCGAUGAGGAACAUACUAACUGCUGCCAGGCCUGCUGUGCUCGAAUGAUGAAGAUUGGCUGCUGUCGCACGCUGCGGCGCUGGAACCGAGUAUGUCGUAGGAACUGUCGCACUGCUGUCAAAUCGGUGACUUUCUAUUGGCUGGUUCUGCUGCUUGUCUUCCUCAACACGUCACUCAGCGCCUCUGAGCACUACAACCAACCUGAUUGGCUGACGCAGGCGCAGGACAUCGCCAACAAGGUGCUGCUGUCGCUGUUUACUGUGGAGAUGCUGCUGAAGAUGUACAGUCUGGGCCUGGCGCAUUACUUUGUGGCCUUCUUUAACCGCUUUGACUGCUUUGUGGUGUGUGGUGGCAUUGUGGAGACCAUCCUGGUGGAGAUGGACAUCAUGCCACCGCUGGGAAUUUCCGUGCUGCGCUGUGUCCGCCUGCUGCGCAUCUUCAAGGUCACGCGCCAUUGGACGGCUCUGUCCAACCUGGUGGCAUCGCUGCUCAACUCCAUGAAGUCCAUUGCCUCGCUGCUGCUCCUUCUCUUUCUCUUCCUCAUCAUCUUUGCACUGCUGGGAAUGCAGCUCUUUGGUGGAAAGUUCAACUUUGAUGAAACGCAGACCAAACGUAGUACCUUUGAUGCUUUCCCGCAGGCGCUGCUCACUUGCUUCCAGAUCCUGACAGGCGAGGAUUGGAACGUGGUGAUGUACGAUGGCAUCAUGGCGUAUGGCGGCCCUGUGUUUCCCGGGAUGAUUGUCUGCAUUUACUUCGUCAUCCUCUUCAUUUGCGGAAACUACAUCCUGCUCAACGUCUUCUUGGCCAUUGCCGUGGACAACUUGGCGGGAGGGGAUGGAGACGACAAGAAAAAAGAGGAGAAGACGGAGGGGACAGAGGAGGAGACAGAGGGGGAGCAAAUUAAGGUGGACAUUGACGAGGACACGGAGUAUGAGGAAGAGGAAGAGCUUCAAGAGGGCGAAGACGAUGGCGGUGUCCAGCUGAAGAUGGCCGACCUGGCCCCGCCCAAAGAGAAAGUUCUGCCCAUUCCUGAAGGCAGUGCCUUCUUCUGCCUCAGCAAGACCAACCCAAUCCGAGUGGCAUGUCACACUCUGAUCCACCAUCACAUUUUCACCAACCUCAUCCUCGUCUUCAUCAUCCUCAGCUCGUGCUCAUUGGCCGCUGAGGAUCCCAUCAGAGCUCACUCCUUUCGGAACAACGUUCUAGGUUACGCCGACUACGCCUUCACCUCCAUCUUUACCGUGGAAAUCCUGUUGAAGAUGACGGUCCACGGAGCGUUCCUACACCAGGGCUCCUUCUGCAGGAACUGGUUCAACUUGCUGGAUCUACUCGUCGUCAGCGUUUCGCUCGUCUCUUUUUUCCUGCAUUCCAGUGCUAUCUCGGUAGUGAAGAUCCUAAGGGUCCUCCGCGUGCUCAGACCUUUGAGGGCCAUCAACAGAGCCAAAGGCCUCAAGCAUGUGGUCCAGUGCGUGUUUGUGGCCAUCAGAACUAUCGGAAACAUCAUGAUCGUCACAACGCUACUCCAGUUCAUGUUUGCGUGCAUUGGUGUGCAACUGUUCAAGGGUAAAUUCUAUCGUUGUACUGAUGAGGCCAAACACACUCCCGAACAGUGCAAAGGGACCUUUGUGGUGUACAAAGAUGGCGACGUGAACCAUCCGAUGGUGCGAGAAAGAAUUUGGCACAACAGUGACUUCAACUUUGACAACGUGCUGAUGGGAAUGAUGGCACUCUUCACCGUAUCCACCUUUGAGGGCUGGCCCGCCCUGCUGUACAAGGCCAUCGACGCCAACGGGGAGAACUCGGGUCCCAUCUACAAUUACCGUGUGGAGAUCUCCAUCUUCUUCAUUGUCUACAUCAUCAUCAUUGCCUUCUUCAUGAUGAACAUCUUUGUAGGCUUCGUCAUCAUCACGUUCAGGGAGCAGGGCGAGCAGGAGUACAAGAACUGUGAGCUGGACAAAAACCAGCGCCAAUGCGUGGAGUACGCUCUGAAGGCUCAGCCUUUGAAGCUCUAUAUUCCCAAAAACCCGGUCCAGUACAAGUUCUGGUCCAUCAUCAACUCCACUGGAUUCGAAUAUGUCAUGUUUGUGCUCAUCCUGCUCAACACCGUCACGCUGGCUGUCCAGCACUACGAGCAGUCCAAGACGUUCAGUGACAUCAUGGACAUCCUCAACAUGGUCUUCACUGGACUCUUCACUGUGGAAAUGCUGCUCAAACUCUUAGCGCUCAGACUCAGGCAUUACUUUGUGGAUGCGUGGAAUUCCUUUGACGCUCUCAUCGUGGUCGGCAGUGUGGUAGACAUUGUGGUCACAGAGUUCAGCAGCGGAGAGGACAGCUCUCGAGUGUCCAUCACCUUCUUCCGCCUCUUCAGAGUGAUGCGAUUGGUCAAGCUGCUGAGCAAAGGGGAGGGCAUUCGCACACUGCUGUGGACCUUCAUCAAGUCUCUGCAGGCGCUGCCGUACGUCGCCCUGCUCAUCGCUAUGAUUUUCUUCAUCUACGCCGUCAUCGGCAUGCAGACGUUUGGAAAGAUCGCCAUGCAGGAUCACACUCAGAUCAACAGGAACAACAACUUCCAGACUUUUCCACAAGCCGUCCUCCUCCUCUUCAGGUGUGCGACUGGUGAGGCGUGGCAGGAGAUCAUGUUGGCCAGUCUUCCUGGGAAACGCUGUGAUCCCGAGUCCGACUAUGAGGCAGGAGAAGAGUCCAGCUGCGGGAGCAACUUUGCUAUUGUUUACUUCAUCAGCUUCUUCAUGCUGUGUGCUUUCCUGAUCAUCAACUUGUUUGUGGCUGUCAUCAUGGACAACUUUGACUACCUGACACGUGAUUGGUCUAUUCUGGGUCCACAUCAUCUGGACGAGUUCAAGAGGAUCUGGUCGGAAUAUGAUCCUGAAGCCAAGGGUCGCAUUAAACAUCUGGACGUUGUCGCUUUACUUCGGAGGAUUCAGCCUCCUCUUGGUUUUGGAAAACUGUGUCCUCACAGAGUCGCCUGUAAGCGUCUGGUAGCCAUGAACAUGCCUCUCAACUCAGACGGGAUGGUGACCUUCAAUGCCACCCUCUUUGCGCUGGUCCGCACGGCACUGAAGAUCAAGACUGAAGGCAACCCGGACCAGGAGAACGAGGAGCUGCGGGUGAUCAUCAAGAAGAUCUGGAAGCGAAUGAAACCAAAACUUCUGGAUGAAGUCAUUCCACCGCAUGAAGAAGAGGAAGUGACGGUGGGGAAGUUCUAUGCCACCUUCCUGAUCCAGGAUUACUUCCGUAAGUUCAGGAAGAGGAAGGAGAGGGGGGGUUUGAGUGUCGCGACAGACGCCACCAACCCGUCAGCCGUACAGCUGUGUAAAGCGGGUCUGAAGACUCUGCAGGAUCUGGGUCCAGAGAUGCGUCUGGCCCUGAAUGAAGACCUGGAGGAGGAGGAGGAGGACGCCAUGAGGGACGAGGAGGAGGAAAACACAGGGGGGUCGUAUAGAGACAGACGAGGAUCCAUGCUGACUACGCCCACUGGCCCGGGUGGUGUAGUGGGUGACGGCGGCGUGGUGAAUGGCGGCCUGAUCCAUCGCGUGGGCUCUCUCACCAAAAUGUCCAACGGCAGCGACUAUGACAUCUCGCGGCGAGACAACCUGAGAUCAUCUGUCAGUCAUCAUCACCGCCGACCCUCAGUCAGGAAUGGCCUAGUAGACCACGCCCAAAAGAGGCCGUCCUAUUACAAACAUGGAAGGAGGGACUCCAGGGACAGACACUGGAGGAAUAGAGACAUGGACAUGUCCAGAGAGACACCCUACUGCAUGAGAGAGGACGACGCAGACAGCUUCACCUCUGCAGACAGGUAUUACCCUGACGAGCCUCCACUGCAUGAUGACGGCCACGCCCCCUACGGUCACUAUGGUGAGGGCAGGAGGACCACACGGCGGCGCCUUCUUCCGGCGACGCCCACAGGUCGAAAGCCGUCGUUUAACAUCCAGUGUCUGAGACGUCAGGGCAGCAGUGAUGACUUACCUCUGCCUGGAACGUACCACCCCACCUCCCCGCCACGCCGCGUUCGUACUCAGACGUACGGCAGUUACAACUCUCAUCAGUCGUCCGGUCGCUCCUCUGCGGCGUCCUCCGCCUCAUGGGCCAAUCCGUGUCCUCGCCGCGGCCGCCUCCUGUACGCUCCUCUCAUCCUGGUGGAGGAGGAAGGAAGCCCCCCUUGGGGGCAGCGAGGAGGAAGGACAGGAGGGGGUGGGGAGUGCAAGCAGGAAGCAGGAAGAGGUGUCAGUGUGACUGGAGCAGCGCCCACUCCCAUGUGGUACGGCGACCCUGCAGCCCCGCCUCCUUACAGGGCCUACACCACCCUCAGAGUUCCUUCUCAGCUCGGCGCUCCCUUUGGAGAGAAGAGAGGGUCAGCUGACAGCCUGGUGGAGGCGGUUCUCAUUUCUGAAGGGCUAGGUCUUUACGCACGUGACCCCAAGUUUGUUGCCUUUGCAAAGCGGGAGAUUGCGGAUGCGUGUCACAUGACCGUGGACGAGAUGGAGUCGGCUGCCAGCGACCUGCUGGGGUCCGCCAGCCAUGACUUGCUGAACAAUGCCACUGCCGCCGAUCCCACAGCACUCUACAGCGACGAGGAGCCAAUCAGGACAGGCCGAGAUGAGGACGAACUGGCAGAUGAGAUGACCUGCGUGACCUCAUUUUGAUGGACACAUGUUCGUGACCAAUCAGGAGUACAUCGACAGAGUCAAAGGACAUGAAGGUCCUCAUGACAUCCUCAAGAAGGAACGAACAAAGGACACAAGGAAAGGAGAGCAGGAAGGAAGGAAGACAACAGAUGUUGUCAUGGCAAUGUGUUACCCACAGUGCAUGUGCAUUUGUGACAGGAAGUCACAAGUAAUAUUCCUUCUUCUCCAGGACGGGGCGACCAUGCAGUUUGGUGCUAUUUUAAGCUGGUUAGCAUGCUAGCUUCAGUGUACAAAACAUUGAAUUAUUUCACUCCCUUUUGAUUGAUUUUAUUAUUCAUUUUGAUUUAGCUUAGCACAAACAUGUGAUGCUCACUGCUAACACUGCUAUCAUACACAUAAACGAUGCAUAAACAUAUUUCAUAGCAUCAUUGUAAGAAAAUAGCAUCUUAAUGCUCACAGUAAGGUCUUUGCUAAGUGCUACAUGCCAACAAAACUGCUGCUCUCAUGGCCGUCAUCAUGGCUAUUGCUAGCUGUGCUGGUUGUGAUGGAUGAGAUACUUCCUGUUACAUGUAGCUGCACCAGGAAUGGCCGACAUCGCCAUCAAAGUGGUCUUACCGUGACACGUGUGUGCCCUCUUUGGACCCCCUGUGAGGAGAAUGCUGAGUGGAAAGAAAAACAAGUGUGUGAGUUGUUUAGGUCAAAGGUCAUGAAUUUUGGAUCAACUUUUCGAUAUUUGGUCAAAAUGUGUGUGUGUGUUGGGUUUUUUUUAAUUCCUGAUGUUUUUUAAUUCCUUGCGUGUCAAUCAUGUUCUUCCUGACUGAAGGGCUUUGAACUCUCCACACAUCAGUCACAUGACCUUUUACCUCGAAUAAAACGUGACUACAGGCAAACUUCCUGACUUCACCGCAUGCUGCAGGCUGGCUGCAGUCAGUGCAGGCUGCUCACAUAGUCACAUGACUUCAACUCUUGCUCCUCCUUGGCUUUUCGUGGAGUGCCACCACGGUGAUAGCAAAAUGUGAUGAUAACCAUAGAAGAAGAAAUGGAACCCAUUGCGACACCCCUUGGUGUCCUGGCUGCUCAGUACAAUAAGUCGGCCGUGUUUAGUCUGAUGUGAGGAGCCCGUCUUCCCAGGCCUG